AUGAGCCCUCCACAACGUCCUUUACUCGUUCUUCAGCCGUCUGUGAACACGACGACCGUGGUGACAACGACCACGACCACGACGACGUACGCGCCAAUACAUUUGCCUCCGCUGCCGCCUCCGUCUUCACCCAAAGAUCCAAAGAACUACCCUUUACUUCAUGCAACUCUCCCUCAAUCCCUACGACACUUUCCCUUGACGUUUCCUGGUGGCGCACGCGCGACUUUUCGCGACGGUGAUGACGGAGAUCAUGAGAUGCAGGAGGAGCAGGAGCUCGCUUCAGGUAACGGGUGGCGUAUGCUGAGACGCGAUGAAGACGCAGAACAGUCCACCGUCGUCGGUCUUGCAGAAGCUCUUGAGCGUUAUGGCAAAAAGCGUUCGCAUGCUGGUGAAGGCAUGAUGGAGGGUGUAGAAUCUACUGCGGACAUGGAUUCAAGUCCGCCGCCACCAAGGAAAAAGGCGAGGUCAGGCGGGUUGCCUCCCAUCUCGACAAUGAAUGCUGCCGCGCCGCCUUCGCCCCUACCUUCACCUCAUGGUUCACCUCCCCCAGAGACAAUAUGGCCAUCAGCGCCACCAAGUGGCACAUCUUCACCGUUACCGCAGGCGCCUCUUCAGCCAGACCUAUCGUUAACGACUCUCCUGACUCUGCCCUCUCUAGUGACACAUUUCACAAGUCUACCUGCCCCCUUACAGUCUCAUUUCCUGUUGACCCUCCUCCGCCACUCACCCCUACCUGUUUUGCGCACCUUGCAUUCCGUUUUGACUCCCACAUUGGCUCGCGAUUUCCUGACUCUUCUACCCGCAGAGCUUGUCUCUCUAAUUCUGAGUUUCCUCCCUUAUGAGGCGCUGGCUCGUGCCUCACGCGUAUCCAGAACCUGGCAGGCUAUAAUAGAUUCCGACCCUGUGCUUUGGCGCGACCUUCUCAAAACUACGAAUAUAUGGUUCGGCGGGGAGUCUGAAAAUGCAUUCGCAAAGGCUAUUACUACUCGCCGACAGCGAGAAUAUAAUGGCAUACCCCCUGCAUUACCCCUCCCCCAUCCUUACAAAAUACUAUUUAAGUCUCGCCAUUUAACCCGUACGCGAUGGGUCCAAAACUCUGAACCCAAACACAGGUCUUUCUUCGCGCACGGUUCAUCUGUUGUCACAUGCUUAAUAUUUUCCCAUGGUCGUAUCAUAUCUGCUUCGGACGACCAUUCUAUUCACGUGUAUUGCCCUAUGACUGGUGAUCUACUACGUUCGCUUGACGGUCAUGAAGGGGGUGUAUGGGCGCUUGCCGCAACUAAAGACAUCCUUGUCAGUGGAUCAACGGAUCGUACAGUGAGGAUUUGGGACCUGACGACUGGUCGUUGUACCCAUGUUUUUGGCGGUCAUACCAGCACUGUACGGUGCCUUGCCAUAGUAAAACCGGAGUGGGUAGAUGUGGAACAAGAAUCUGGAGUCAUAACAAAGGAGAAGUGGCCCAAACGUCCGGUCAUUGUGACAGGAAGUAGAGAUCACUCUUUGAGGGUUUGGACGCUUCCGAAACCAGGUGAACCGGAAUAUCGUUGCUACGGCUCAGAAGAUGCGGAUCUGGAUCCCGCAGAUGUCUGUGACGCCGAAGAAAAUCCAUACCAUAGAUUACACCUCGAAGGUCAUGACCAAGCCGUACGAGCACUGGCAGCCAGGGGACGUACCCUUGUUUCCGGAAGCUAUGAUUGCAGUGUUCGUAUCUGGGAUAUAGUCACUGGACAGUGUAAAUUCAUCCUGACAGGUCACACUCAGAAAGUGUACAGCGUCGUCCUUGACCCGACACGUAACCAAGCGUGCUCCGGUUCUAUGGACGGAACCGUCCGCGUGUGGAAUCUGCAGACCGGACAAUGCCAACAUACCCUGACCGGACAUACUUCGCUGGUCGGUCUUUUGGGGUUAUCACCUUCGUAUCUUGUAUCUGCAGCCGCCGAUUCGACGCUGCGUAUCUGGGACCCGGACACUGGCGAGCUGAAGUACACUCUUGCCGCUCAUACGGGAGCAAUCACUUGCUUCCAGCAUGACGAGUUCAAGGUCCUUAGCGGGUCUGAUGGAACGCUAAAGAUGUGGAACGUUCGCGACGGCACCGUUGUAAGAGACCUACUGACGGGGAUUACAGGUGUAUGGCAGGUGGUGUUCGAAGGCCGAUGGUGCGUUGCUGCAAGCAAUAGAAACGAUACCACAGUGCUCGAUGUUUGGGACUUUGGGAGGCCCGAUGAUGAAGACUGGAUCGGGGAGCCUCCCAACUGGACGUAUGAUGAAGACUUCACUGACGAUGAAGAAGACGACGGCGAAGGGAUGUUCAGGCAGCAAGCUGAUGUAGAUGCUAUGGACCAGGAUUUGAUACCCUCGGAGAGCGAGUCUGUCGGGGACAUUGAGAUUGACGACGAGCCGGACACUCACGUUACAUUCACCCGACAUCACCGUCGAGGUGCUACUAAAGAGGCUGAAGGAGACCUCGCACAUGUAUCGGAUGAUGAUGAAGUGGACGGGGUCAAAGCGUCGAGGUGGGCGUCGGUGGCUGAGACGAGCUCUUCUAGUAAAGGGCGCCAGUCGUCUCGUCGAAGCGCGACCUCUUCUAUGGCUGCGAACCACACGAACCUGUCGAACGAGGGACCAAGCCGCCCUCGGGCACGAACUCAUGGAACGCGACGACGAUAA